CGCAAAAGGAGAGUUGCGCCGCGUGCGCCUUCACUGUUCUGAAGGGCAAAGGGAAUGAGGGAAACGGUCAUAACAAUUAAAUAUAGCGUUUUCUUCCCACGAUGUAGCCUAGUUAAUCUGUGUUUGAUAUUAGACACUGGUGUUUCAACGAGUAUUUAGUUAGACCGCACAAUCGUUUAAGUCAAAGAGAGGAGCGUGUCUUCAACGAAACGUCAUCUAUUUGACUUGAAAGCCAUAGCCGGGGAUAGACGAUUUAACAGUGACCUCCAGUAGUCGUGAGAUGUGCCGCGUGAGGCGGAUCGGACCAGCCUGUCGUCAACGAUUCACAGAGGACCACAUGCAUAGGCUACGCGCUUUCUUUUCUAGGUGGAAUAUCAAAACUAUUAUUGCCGGAAUAAGGAUUCCUAUUUAGCUUGUAAUUAACCAUCGGUUGGUUUUUUUUCGACCUAACUGGGCAGCAUCUAUGAGAAAAGUCUUACCUGUCAAUUCAGUCUGUUUCUGCAAUCCUGUUUUACGAAAACUCUUUCAUUAGGCCUACAUUAUAAUCUACGGAAGACACAUUUGAUUCAUUCGCCUCAUUAGUAAAGUGCUAUGAUCUUUAUUUUGUAGGCUAUCCUACAUAGGCUACUUGACAACCAAAAUUAAAGCAUUUUUGAAGCGCGUGAUUUUAAGUAAUAGUACCAAAGCUGACUGUUAAGUUGUCUUACUAACGUAUGGUCUUCGCCCGUCUGCACAGGUAGACGAGAACGAACCCCAUGAAGUUAGCUUAAUCAGUCCAAAAGACCCAUGCAAAGCCAUGAUGGGGGCAGUGACCGCUCAGUGUUUAGACGUCCUACACAGCAAAUUAUCACGGCUUUCACCUACUGGGUUACUCACUGUACAAAACUGGGAACAAUGGAUUUAAAAACGUAUUGGUGCUUUUAGAAAGAAUUCAAGAGGACAUAAGCCUUUUAUAAUUUACAGAACUAUUCCCGUGUCUUUGGAAAACUUAAUAAUGGGAACAAGACUGCAAGUUAUCCUUGGAGUGUUUCAGUUUGUUUCUCUCACAGGAAUACCCAUAUGUUGUGGCAAGCUAACACAGUGGCAACCUACAGAACCCCACAGAUCUAGAGAAGUGGUGAAGUGGAUGGACGUGUACCAGCGGAGCAGCUGCCAGCCGCGGGAGGUGUUGCUGGAGGUGUGGCGGGAGUUCCCAGAGGAGACGCACCUCCUCUACCUGCCCUCCUGUGUGCCCGUGCACCGCUGCGGGGGCUGCUGCGCCGACGAGGCCCUGGAGUGCGUGCCAUCCCGCACCCAUACACUCACCAUGGAGUUGAUGAAGACCUCAUACAUGAAGCAUGAGAUGGUCCAGCUCCCCUUCACCGAACACACUCAGUGUGAGUGCAGACCAAAAUCAGACAUGUACACCCCCCCAACCAGGCAGGAAGAUCACCGGCCGACACGGAAAGACAGAAAGAGGGAGCGUGGAAAAUCGCGACGAAAGAAAAACCGGAGGAUCAAGCCCACACGGCCAGUUUGGACCACUGGUCCUCCUAGUGUUGCCCCCAUGCCCAGCACCCCUCCUCCCCCCGCGAUGGUGCAGUGCGCGCCCUGCCCCGGGCGCUGGCGGACCCUCGACCCCCAGUCAUGUGAGUGCCAGUGCAGGCUGAGGGAGACGGGCUGCACACGUCGAGGAAAAAGACUCAACCAGCACAGCUGCAGGUGUGAACCGGUGAGGGAAUGAUGUUGAUGAACACUCACUUCCUCCUGGUUAUAACCACUGUUGGCCCUCAUAGCUUUAAGGAGAGGAGAGGAGAGGAGAGGGAUAUGCUUCUCCGGGUGUUGGGAGGACAGUGGGGGGCGGUAGGGGCAGGUGGGUGGUGAACUUCCAUAGACUGUGAAAGAAGACUGUGGGACAGGGAGUGUGUGCUGUUGACUUUCUCAUGAUCCCUCUCCACUAAACAAAGCCAUCCACCACAGCAUCUGCAGAUGCCCUGAUCUACCUAUGUGUCUGUGUCUAUGUUGUGUGUCUUCCAGGCUUGCCACAUACUUGCUUUGAUAGCAUUUGCAGCUGAACGUCACCAUGUGUAUAGACAAAUAUAUGAUGUUGCUUCUUUAUGAGGUUAAAGGGUAAUGUAGACAACGUAAAUGUUUGAAAAAGGGAAAUGACCCGAACAUGUCAAGGUCUCCUGGGCACAAGACUCAAAUACCAGGACUAUUAGAAGGGUAUGGAAAGGAUAUGUUAUUACCCUUGAUGGCAAAAUGGGUGUGCAGUUUUAACAGAUCUAACCUGAAAUGGAUUUAUUGCAAUCCUAGCUUUUUGCUUAUAAGGGUUCUAAAUGUAGGUUACAAAUGACAAAUCUAGGGAAUUUUACAUCUACUACUUUAACUUAGUAUAAACUGCCUGUGGAAUUGAAAUUACUUGAAUGUCGCCAGUUGCCAUAUGAAUGCUUCUACGUGAGUCAGGCUUUCCACCUAACAUAGUUACACACUUAUGACAAGAUACCUGACAAUUGAGCAUACAACAGUUUAAGACAGUUGUAGGUUGCAGAGAGAUUGGCUGUAUUGAACGAUAAGAGAGCUACUGUUGCAAUGCAGUAGAAGAGAAUAGCGUCAUGUCUGUGGUAUAUAGGAUUUAAACAUGGCAGAUGUGAUCAUCACUGCAGAUAUAGUGGAUGGUGUGUGUCUACACUGGCCAUGCUGAUUUUAACUGUGGGCUCAGGAUGGUUGGAAGAGAUAUCUGUGUGGUCCAUAGGUCUGCUCACAUAUUCAUGGCCUCAUCACGGCCCCGCAGAUUACAUCACUGAGUCUGUUUGUGUUUGUGUUUGUUUUGUUUGUUUUUUUCCCCCUCCAUCUUUCUUUUUUUCUGUUAGGAUUGAAAGAGCCUUGAGCUCUGGCUAGGCAGUGAGGGGAAUGUCAAUAGUAAGGGGAACUGGCCUUAUUCCAAGAGUGCUGUGAGACACACACACACACACACACACACACACACACACACACACACACACACACUCAGUCGUACACACACACACACAGUCAAUCUUACUUUCAAUUGAAUUAGUCCCUUUGAUUCAUUCCUUUUUAAUUCAUUACAGCCACUCUGAGUAGUCCACACAAUCUUAACCACCACAUCCUAAGAAAAGCUAUAAUGUCAUAAUCAGUCUCUUUCUCGCUCUCUCUUUUCCUCUCUCUCUCUCUCAUACUCACACUCACACACACCUCAUACUCAUUCUAGAUUUGUAGACAUGUGCGUUUGUGUUAUUGUCCUUAUGUUAUUUUAGCCUCAUUCUUUUGCAGAUAGUAUCCCCAAGACGUGUUUCUUUUGCACGCAGUGUUUCUUUGUUUCUCUGUUUUUGUUUUCUGUUAAUCCGCCUGCACAGAAUCUGUCUGGGUGGCCUAGUAUGUACACAUUUGGCAUCCACACACAUGUCUGUGUUUGGACUGAAUUUAAACAGGGGAGAAAGGGGAAGGUUAAGCAGGCCAGAAAAAGAGAAAAAACUAUAUAGUGUAUUAAUCAACAGCAGCGUCAACUCUGAGCAGUAUGGGGAAAAAGAUCACAAAGUCACUCAUGUGUUUGUGAACAUACUGUUUGUGGACUGGAUUGAACUGUACAUUAUCUGGAGUUUAAUAUAUUUAUUUUUUAUAUUGAGUUUUAUAUUGAGCUAUGCAUUAUUUCUGUGAAUUUGUGAAUUUAAUUGCUACUGUGACAACACACAAACAAUCAGUGUUCUACAUGGAGGACAAUUAUCAAUUUAUACAUUUAUACAUAAUGGUUGGUGAUUAGACUGUGGUUAAUAUUUAAAGAUUUACAGUUGCAUAGAUAUUAGUAUAUUUUGUUAAUGUCAAACAUUUUGUAGUGCCUAUUAUUAUAAACCAUAUAAGAGGUGGAAGCCUGUUUCAAAGGAAGAUAUUCUACAAGCACUGAAUUUCUUAUGAGUUCAUAGCCAAACUUAAGUAUGCCGUUUUCUUCACGCUAACAAUAUUUUACAUGACCUCUUUUUUGUUAUUAAACAGAGGCAUUGGACCCAGCAGUGAUGAUGACGAUAUUAUAUUGUUAAGUUUCCCGAUGGCUAUUCUGCUAUCCAGGGAGGGAAAUCAGACAGUUGCUAAUUUGAAUAAUACCCAUGUCCAACAAUGGGCUCUGUUGUGCUUUUCACAUUCCAUAUCAAAACAUACACAUGUGUGCACGUCCCUCUGUUUGCAGUAUGUGCCCAUUCAUGUUUUAGCUGUCUGUUUAUGUGUGGGCCAGACACGGUGGAUGUCUCCUGUUUCUCCUCUCUUGGUUCUGGUUCUUUUCUUCCCUGUUUGUUUUGGCUGAAGUGUCACAACCCUAACACCCCAUCAUUAUGUGACAGAACAGAGGCUCGUGUAGGGUCAGUAGGUGUGUGGUAUUUCAGGCCCUUCAAAUGGAUAUCGGGGCAGUUAAGCGAACAGACGCACUAGCAGUUUAGACACUAUUAUAUUUAUACUGGGCCCCAUUUUUCUUUUCAUUUUUAGAACAUGCAGUUGAACUCUCUCUCUCUCUCUCUCUCUCUCUCUCUCUGAUCCCAGAGACUUUGGUAUGACCGCUCUUACUUUUGCACUUUUGACUUGAUAGGUUCAGUUCAAAAAGGGGAUAAUCUAACCAGCGUACAACACAGCCCCUUCAUUAGUUUGGCAUUUUGCUGGCUACUUCAAAGGCAGGCAUCCAGACUAUUUAGUCUCUAGCUCGCUACAAUGUCUUAAUUGUAUGGCUAGCACCCCCAAAAAAAAAAAUCAUUAGAAAAACAUGUGCAAGGGGAUCCCCCCUCUCUCCCUGCCUAUGCGUCUGCACAUCAUGUAGACUUUUGUGUAUAAACAGACAAGAUCUAUUCCGUGGCAGCCAACAUAGACAAAGUGGAAGCUGCAGUGUAGGUCAGACUGUGUAGAAUAUGAAUGUACUGAUCCUGUAUCUGGAUUGCACGCCCCUCAGAAACAGUAUACUGUGGUAGGUAGCACAGCAUCCAUGCCCGCCAUUUAAGGUCAGUGUUAGUGCAGAUUUUAGUUGAUGUGUUGAUGUGUCCCAUAGUAAGCUAUAUACCUGAAUACAGUGUUCAAGUUCAAACAAACAGACCACUGGUAGUGCUACAACCCACCCAGAGCCUAUUUUUUGAUCUAUAAUGUUACCUGUAUUUCCUCUUGUAUGAUAAUGUGUGUAUUAUAUGAUGUUAAUGAAUACUACUGCUGCUGCUGCACCAUUUGUGCCCUUUAUCAUAACAUUAUGUGUGUAUGUGUGCAAAUGUUCAAAUCAAAUUUGUGCUACAAUAUACAACAAUGCCGGUCUUAAAAUGCAUAUGUGAUCCGCUUUUAUGUGUACAGUAUGUAUAUAAGCUCCCAUAUCAUUUUACUUAGAAAAGAAUCAAGAACUACCUGUGACAUAUUACAAUGUUUUUGACACUAUUAAAGGGAAAUGUCUUAUUUU